AUGAGACAACAACAAUCAGACGGAUCCGAAGUCAAAGUCAGUGACUUUGGCGGCUUGGACAUGCCAGCAGAUAACACCACGUCCAGAAAAGAAGCCGUAAAGAACAUUCUCAAAGACUUUGAUGAGUGCCAAAAGAUGGCGAAAAACAUCGAGGAUCUCGUGUCAAGCGUUGGCAACAGCUUGAGAAAUUCUAUUAGUGCCAUCACUUAUGGAGUAGACGAAAUUCGCAAGCUCAGAGAUGAAAUGGAAUCUUUGAACAACAAGGACGAAGCUUUUCAGAAGCUCCAGAAGCAGGUAGAGAUGCUUGAGCGUGCGAUUGCCAUGAGGGAGGAGAUGGAAAAGACGUACCGGAGGCUUUCCGAUGCCAGUGGUAGUUUGUCUGUCCUGCAAACUCUAGUGCAGGGAACGUCCUUCGUCUCAAAGAAGACUCUGGCCAGCUGA